AUGGAGGAAAGCGCGUCUAAUCGUCCGACAGAUACCCCGGAAGGCUCUGUUGGGGCCGAUGAUAACGCGCAGUCGGGUGCUGCAAAGAAUGCAGCUGUCAAAGAUCGGAAGUGUCAAUAUUGUCACCAGGCAUUUACCUCGUCUUCCCUGGGCCGUCACCUCGACCAGUUUCUCUUCAAAAAGAAACCGGAUGGUGUUCAUGAUGUCGAGGAAAUCCGGCGCAUUCGAAGUGGCAUCACUCGACGACAGGCUCGCACCUCGUCUGGCAAACGGGACACUCCCGAACGAACCAUGGGGAAAAGCCAGUUGGAUCCGUAUGCGAGUGACUCAGGUGUGAAGCCACGCGACGGUGUUAGAAUGAUGUUUAAUACCCCCACUUGGCAUGCGACUGGUGUCAUCAACGAUAUUCCAAAUCCCAGUCAGUCACACGAUGUUUCCAGCACAUCACGGUUUUCUGCUUCGCAAACUCGGGCCCCUAAGCCCCUCCCUGAUUAUGCGAGCAGAGGCGCUAGCGCUAAUAGCCCUGAUACGAUGAGGGCUCUGGAGCUGGCUUUGCGGGAAGUACUAGACAAUAUCAAGGCUGCAACUUCAAGAAUGCGUCCUCGAUUAUCCCCGUUCGAUUUCGAUAUUCAAUCGCAGACGUUUCCUUCACUCUGUCUGCAAUUGCUACCCCCACCUCCAAGCUUAUUCGCGACUAGCCCGUUCCCAUCGCCUUCUUCCUUCCCGCUCCAGCCUCCUGGUGUGGAACAUGUUGAGAUUAUUCGACAAGCACUUCAUGCGAACAUGAUCGCCCGAAGUGCGCAACAACAUGAAGACAUUAGUCUGCGGCAUCUAGAGUUGGCGUUCAAGCAUUGGGCUUCUCUUCCUUCUGAAACGAGGCGGGAUGCAUGGCAACUUGAGAUUACUCGAGCUUUCGCCCGGGAAAUGGAAAAACGCAAGUCAUUGGACGACCAGCUAGCUCGGGUGCAACAAGAAGCAAAUCAACUUCGUGCCCAAGUAGAAAGAUUAGGCUCAUGUCAAUGGCCAAGGGAGUUCGCUCUCUUUCCUCCUGACACGUUACCACUCCCUCGGGAUGUAGCCCGAGAUUUGGACACCAAAGAAAGCAAGAUCAGCCCCGAUUCCUCCCGCUGGGACUAUGAUAGUGUCGUAGCAAAGUGGAAGCGCGUGGUGAUGCACGACAAGAGCAUGGGCCGCGUCGGGGUGGGACACUCUAGUCCAGUCUUGGAAGAUCAUGGUACUGCGGAUAGCAAACGAGUUGAUGACUCGGGAAGCAUGUCCAGGUCAAGAAUUCUGCAACCCCCGGCGGCUAUGAGCCCACCUGCCCCGUCACCAAUCCAGACAGGGGGGCUAUCUGCAUCUUCUAGCCAACAGACUUCUCCAUAUCUACCACAUGAUGUCACCCGAAGUCCUAACGCAGGGCCUCAAGCCAAGCGCCCACGUCUGAUGAAUGGUCAUCAUUCAGGCGUCGCUCCGGAAGGGGCCAAUGGCCCGUCAACAAGCCAGACCGCUGGAGCCUCGAAGCCCUGGAACCCUCAACAAUCCCUCACAGUUUCUAAUCUCACUGGACCCUCGGGUCCUACCCCUCCACCAUCGUCCUCAGGCCCAUAA